CGUUGCUAAAAAAUGAAUAAUGUAUCACUUUUAUUCUAGGAUGUUCGUUUGAAACGUUUUGGAGAAAAAAUAAUAAUUCUGUCCUUGAAAUGGUGGUUCCCAGUCGCAGCGUCGAAAACCGAUACAUUGAAACUAAUCUCAGGGAAAUUUGCGCGCUUGAAAGUGAGAUUUCAUAUUUGACAUGUUACGGCAAAUGGGAACAGUCAUUUACAAAUGGAAAUAAUGCCUUUGAACUGGACGAUAUGGCACCAUUACAUUUGGAAUACAAGGAUACAGACACCUUUAACUCAUACAGUCCAGAUAUAUAUGGACGCGUAGUAAAACUUAACGUGAGAUGCCCGUCUCAUCCUUCAGAUGGAAACAAUCAAAGGAGACUUUGCUUUUUGUUGAAAGUCAAGGGAAAGCAAAAUUGCAAAGUUGUCUUACCAACUACUUCGAAGCCAACCGCUACCACGCAAUUGGCAUCCUCAACGACAUCUUCGACAUCUUCUUCAACGAGUUCAUCAACGACUUUAUCAAAUGAGGAAACAAUGGCUUCCAGUACGACAGCAGCCGAAAAGGCUAUAACACCUUCAUCACAGGAGUUGACGACAACACAACCAAGGAUAGAUAUUUCGUCAUCGAUAUCCAAAGAUACAACAAACUCACCUCAGAAAACAGGAGGAAAAAGUGCCAGUACAAACGAUACCAGUGGUGGUGCUAUUGGUGGUGCCAUUGGUGCAGUGGCUGCACUGGUCAUCAUUGUAGCCAUACUGAUUGUUGCACUAAGAAGAAAAAAAAGAAAUUCCCAAGCCAACAAGCGAGAGUCAGUUGCUCGUAUAACAGAUGAUCCUCUUUACAAUAACGCGAUGCCAAACAAUGAACAAUUGGAAUUCCCAGAUGAUGACGAGUAUUCGUACGCCUAUACAAACAACCAUCCUAUUGUAAUCAAAGACCAAAAUGGCAAAGCAGUGACAGGCUCAAAUGUUGCUAAUGGCCAUAACAGAAACAUCAAUGGUGUCUUGGGUUCUCCACCAAACCAACAAGCUCCCGUCUAUAGCACUCUGGAAGAUCCUAAUUACGCUAAACUUCAAAAAUCCGCCAAUACGUCCAAUGGGCCUUCGUACAACACUCUUGAGCGCCCAGAAAAUCAAUGGACAACAAAACAAGGACCCGUUUAUGAUGUGCUGCAAGACCCAAACACUUUACCAAAUAAGAAUGGUCCAAUUUACAGUACGCUAAAGGACCCAAAUGAACCUUCGUACAACACUCUUGAACGCCCUGAAAAUAAAUGGAUGACCAAACAAGGACCUGUGUAUGAUGUACUGGAGGACUCAAAUUCUACUGGUGGUCCAGUAUACAGCGUACUUGAAGCACCCAAUUCGAAUGAUAAGCAAGUAUAUGAUGCCCUUGAGGGUCAAGACCCUAAUGUAUAUGGCUCCCUUGAUAGUCCAGACCCUCACGUUUAUGGUGCCCUUUAUUCACCGACGUCAAAAUCAGCACCGGCGUAUGAUAAUGAUAUUUAUGACUCUGCUGGUGGAACUAUAAUUGAUGAAGAUACGUACCAAGAACUAAAUCAAACUGAUCAGCGGUCUUCUGAUAUAUAUCAGCCAGUACGACCUCCAAGAAAUACCAUGGCCAUGAAAAACAUGUCUGGAAUUACUCAGUCUCAGGCAUAGCCGUUACCUAGUACUAAUUUCAAUGCCUGAGACACUUCCAUAUUAGGUUUCGACUACAUGGAUUAGAAUAACAAUAUAUAAAAAGUGCCAUAAAACGCAUCAGUGUACACGAGACUUUAGUCAAUAGUGACGCUAAGGCUCGAUAAGCUUGCUCGCAGCAAAAAGAUUUAGUUCAGUUUUUCAGUUUCAUAUUUGAUAUACACCUAUUUAAAAAUACGUUGUCGGGGAGAACGGCGAACGGCGUUUAUCGAAUGGAGAUUGCACGACCGAAAAGGACUAUGGUUACACUGUUUUGACAAGCAAAAUUUCACUUGAUGGAUUCACAUCCCAUAAAAAUGGAGUCUUAAUGGAGCCACUGUUUACCACAGACUAUCUUACAGUACAAAUAAGUUGUUAUUUCCAUUAAAUUAGGAAAACACAUAGUCUCUUUUGGUCGUUCGAUCGACUUUCGACAAUUAUGACAUUCGCCAUUUUAUCCGGCAACCUUUUUUGACAUAGGUAUAUACAGCUACUGCAUGGGCAAAUGGAUUGUAAUUACAAAUAACUAACAUUGCCUUGAUGAUAUGCUUUGUUAAAAUCUUUCUAUCAUCAUUUUUAACUCGACUUACCGUAUCUAUCUGAGAAAUGAUACGGCAUGAAAUUUAUGAAUAGCUGAGCAGCUGAUGAGCAUGUGCGCAUAUCAAAUGAGUUCUGGCAUGAACACAAUGAAGAGAAUGAUAAAAAUUGGCAGACUAUUAAUGUGUCAUUAUAAUUCAAAAUACAAUUAAGUACAUUAUAUAUGUUUUCAUAAGUUUAUAUGUUUCAUAAGCUUUCAUAAGCUUUGUUUUGAAUGUACAAACAAAGACCAAAAAUAGGUUUGGAGA